UCGAUUUUAGUUGUGUAUUUGUAUUGUGUAAAUACUUCCUUUGCAAUAGGAUCAUUUAAUAAUUUUGUGAGAAGCUACUAAGAGAUAGACCUUUGGGGAAAACAGAUCUAAUUUCUAAAAGAACCUACUGUCUUUGUACUGUCAUUGUCAGCUGAUUCAUAAUGUACUGUCAUAGUCCGUUCACUUAAAUCCUCCACCAUUUAAUAUUGUAACAUUGCACUGAUAUGGUGAAUUAUAUAAACAGGGAUUGUGAGACAAAUAUACUGUCGAGUGCAAAUAAGAAAACUUAACUGGACUAUUGCAAUCAUAUUGCACAUCUUUGCCUCCGGUAAUUACCGUAGAGAAUUAUGUGACAUUAUCAAGUAGUCUAAAAGAAGAAAUGGCUUCUCUUUGUGGACGUUGGAGAUUGUGGAUUUUACCAGUGCUUACAGGCCUUUAUGCCUUAUUAAUCAUUAUCUUGGUACCAAUUUUAUUGGCCAAUUCAAUAAAAAAUGGAUUUAAGAAGCAGGAUCAAGGAGCUCUUGUUGGAGGAGCAUUUGUAUUAUUGGCAUUGCCAAUUGCAUUUUAUGAGAUUGUUCAGCACAUGAUACACUAUACUCAGCCAAGGCUCCAGAAAUAUAUAAUAAGAAUUCUAUGGAUGGUACCAAUCUAUGCUGUAAAUGCUUGGCUUGGUUUGGUAUAUCCUGAAGGCAGUAUAUAUGUAGACAGUCUAAGAGAAUGUUACGAGGCCUAUGUUAUCUACAAUUUUAUGAUGUACCUCUUGGCUUAUUUGGAUGCCGAUAAUCACCUUGAACAUCGUUUGGAGCUUUCACCUCAAGUACAUCACAUGUUCCCCCUGUGUUGUUUGCCAGACUGGGAGAUGGGACGUGAAUUUGUACAUAUGUGUAAACAUGGAAUUCUUCAGUAUACUGCGGUCAGACCAAUAUCAACUUUAAUUUCCUUUAUUUGUGAACUUAAUGGAGUUUACGGUGAAGGAGAAUUUAGAGGAGACAUUGCUUUCCCAUAUAUGAUUGCUUUUAAUAAUUUGUCACAGUUUGUAGCAAUGUAUUGCCUGGUAUUGUUUUAUCGAGCUAAUGCUGCAGCUCUAGAACCCAUGAAACCUGUUGGGAAAUUCCUAUGCAUCAAGGCUGUUGUUUUUUUUUCAUUUUUUCAGGGUGUAAUAAUAGCAAUGCUAGUAUACUUCGAUGUGAUAUCAAGUAUCUUUGAUACAGACAAUACAGAUGACAUAAGAAAUAUCUCUUCGAAACUGCAGGAUUUUCUUAUUUGUAUAGAAAUGUUUCUUGCGGCUGUUGCUCAUCAUUACAGUUUUAGCUAUAAGCCCUAUGUUAAUCUGGCACAAAAUCAAGCCUGGUGGGAUGCAUUUAGAGCAAUGUGGGAUGUCUCCGAUGUGCACAAUGAUAUGAAGGAACAUCUGGGAGUUGUAGGAUCUUCUUUGAGCCGUAGAAUUCGAGGCCGUAGUGGCUAUCAGCAGUCCUGGGGUAGUGCUACGGAACGUACAUCCCUUCUAUCAGAGGCACCAUUGACAACAGCCAAAAGUGCACCAGCCUGCUCCUUUUUAGGAUACAAUACAGCUGAUAGUGGACAAAUUUUAAAUUCUAUAGACGAUUCUAGAGGAUUUGUAGAUCUCAGUCCAGACAUGCAGGAUAAUAAUCAUAACAUCAAUACGUAACCCACUCUAUCCUUUCCAAUCGCAGGAUAUGGUGUAUUAUCUUAAGAACUUCAAGGAUUCGUUAGAAUCUCCACUCACAAUGAUAUUUUAUUCAUAACAUCCUUAGUGUUUUAUCCCAAAGAGGCAAAUUUGACACACCACAAAUAUUGUAUAACAUAAUUCAUCCCUCCAGCUGUGUCACUGUGAUAUUCCAUAAAUAUGUUUUUGCCUACUAUUUUCACUCUACAGGUAUCAAUACGUCACAAGAUACCAGUGAUGUACUACCAAAAAUUGUACAUACGCAAUAUUUAUACAGAAAAUACUCUAAUAAAAUAUUUGUAUAACGUA